AUGGCUUCUUCGUUGGCUGGGACCGCGCCCUCCAAAGAGGCCGCCGUUGCCGAGGGCGCCGGCGGUGAGUCCAUGCUGAUGCUGUUCCACAGCUGUCCCGCCAGUGCCGCUUCCUUUGCCCCCGCUCUGCACCCGCCGCUGUUCUUCGACACGCUUUCGCCGACGGUCGUCUUCCAGUCGCCGGCGUCAGCUGCCGGGGGCCUGAGCCCGGGCUCGUCUCCGCUGCCGCCUUUCCCCUUCCAGCGGCUCCCCGCCACUUACCUGGGGCCGCCCCCGCUGCCACCUCCGCCGCCCACCCUUCCUCUUCUCCGGCCGCCGCCGCUGGCCCGGCCUGUGCCAGUGCUGCCCGCGCCCUUCGCCGGGAAGAGAGCCUCGCCCAGAAAGAGGAGCAGCCUCGAAGGGACGCCGGACGCUGAGCAGCGCCCGCCCAGCUACCGCUUCACAGCCCAGGAGCUCCACGCCGUCCUCUACGGCGCCCUGCCCGGCGGGAGGCAGCCGCGCGCCCUCUCGGCAGGUGGGCCCCAGUCCGGCCCAGUCGACUGUAUUUCUGCUUUUCUUUCAGGAGAUACUGACAGUCAACCUCCACUGUUGGAUAGAUCAACCCUACAACUUCCCAAAGGUCUGACUGUGUUGCAGACUGUAUUUAUCGAUGGCCCACAGUUGGGUAUCUUCUGCACAGAAACCAUUCUUAAGGGUAUUCGGUUUGGUCCUUUCCAAGGCAAAGUGGUCAACACUAGCGAGAUUAAAACUUAUGAUGACAAUUCUUUGAUGUGGGAGAUUUUUGAAGAUGGCCAAUUGAGUCAUUUCAUUGACGGCAGAGGUUCUUCUGGAAACUGGAUGUCAUUAGUGAACUGUGCCCGCUUCCCAGAGGAGCAAAACCUGACAGCCCUUCAGUGCCAAGGCCAGAUCUAUUAUGAGAGCUGCAAAGAAAUUACACCUGGCCAAGAACUGCUGGUCUGGUAUGGUGAUUGUUACUCACAGUUUCUUGGCAUCCCUAUCAGCCUCAAAGGAACAUCAGAAGAAAAGCGAACUCCACAGCAUAGUGAAGAAUCUGUGAAGGGUUAUGAAUGCGGGCGGUGUGAAAAAGUCUUUGCCUACAGAUACUACCGGGACAAACAUCUGAAGUACACACGGUGUGUGGACCAAGGGAACAGAAAAUUCCCAUGCCAUCUUUGCAACCGAUCUUUUGAAAAACGGGACCGUCUGAGGAUCCACAUUCUCCAUGUUCAUGAGAAGCAUAGACCUCAUAAAUGCUCUGUAUGUGGUAAAAGUUUCUCUCAGUCCUCUAGUCUAAACAAGCACACGAGGGUGCAUUCUGGAGAACGACCAUAUAAGUGUGUAUACUGCAACAAGGCCUUUACCGCCUCCAGCAUCCUACGUACUCACAUCCGUCAACAUUCAGGAGAGAAGCCCUUCAAGUGUAAGCACUGUGGUAAAGUGUUCGCUUCACAUGCUGCCCAUGACAGUCAUGUGCGACGCACGCACAGUUCUAAAGACAAAGGAUCUAAAUGUACUCUGUGUGAUAAAAUAUUCCUAGAGGCAGAAGAAUUUCGCUUCCAUAUGAAAUUCCACAAAACUCUUUAG